CCGAGCCUAGCGCGCGAAGACAAGGCUGAAGUUCUAUUACUAUCGGGCGGGAGUCGGAUGUAUACGUUUUGGCAUUGUAAAAAUAACAUUUACAAUUUAAUUUUAUGACGUUUUGAAUAUUAAGGCUGCAUUUACUACGUCUGUACGUCUUUGGAGUGACUUCCUCGUGCGAUUGAUGUAAUUUUGCACCGAAUAAAGCUCAAGACUCGACCCGAAAGAUGAGCUCUCUUCUCUGUGAGCGGGCUGUAGAUCUGCCCGAAAGACGAACUGCUGAGAGUGAGAGGGAUUCCGACAGUGGCAUGGGUUCCCCGAUGGAGCAGCCCGUAAUUGACAACAACACUAUCACCGAGAACCAACAAGAUUCGGAUGAAGACAUCGCUGUGAGUCGCAAGGGCCGCUCUCGAAAGGCCCUGCAGGACAGCGACAGCGACGGGGAUCUGGAAGAGGCUGGGAUGGAGAACGCCCUGGUUCUGUCCGAGUCCAGCGAUGAGCAGACCGAGACCAUCACAGAUAAGCGUCGGAAACGAGUAUCCCGGAUCUCAAUAGAUAGUGAUGAGAGCGAGCCUGAGAGAGCGCAAGUUCAAAUCAAACCAAAAGAAGCAAAGAAAAAGAGGGAGAAGUUAGAAAGAUGCAAAGAGAAAGAGAAACGCAACAUUGCUCUUGUUAAACGACUGAAAGAAAAGACAGAGGAGGCCCUUCCAACCAAAGCACUGAAUGACAGCGGCUGUUUGCUUGGAGACUCUGAUCUGUUUGACGCCCAGUUAGAGGAAGACUCUGAAGAGGAAGAGGAAGAGUCUCUUGAUGCCAUCCGGUCUGCCAUGAAAAAGAAAGCCAAGCACAAACCUCGUAUGUGUGAGUUCAGUGGCGAUGAGGAGCAAGAGAACAAGCCUCAGCGAAAGGAGAGGAAAGCGGCGAGAGCCAGCAAGGAGGCACUCAAGCAGCUUCACAGUGAGAGUCAGAGACUGGUCCGAGAGUCCAUGCUGAAUCUGCCAUAUCACAUGCCAGAACCCAAAAGUAUUGACCAGUUCUUCAAGAGAAGACCUCGCCCUGAGGGUCCUGCCAUGGCUCUGCUCAAGUCUGCCAAGUACCAGGCUUGUAUUUUAGAGACUAACGCACAUCUACCCCCAGAACAAACCACAAAACCUCAGCAGGACUUAAACCCUCCAACAGAGUCGUCUCUGGAUAACCAUUCGUCCACAGCAUCUGUGUCUCUGGAAGACAUGAACUCCAGUCCUGCUAAUGAUGGAACAGCACAGGCCUCCAGCGAAGCACGAGGCGAUCAUGAAAUACACACUGAUGAACUCAACCCUGUGCGUCACGAGAAAGACGCUGACAUUGAGCCAGAAGGCGAGGGAGUUAAACAUUCAGACGAGGACCGAGAAAAGCAACCGGCUCAGACACCUUCUCAUGUUCUCAGACCUCGAAGGGAUAAACUAGCCAGACUCCGAGAGCUAGGCCUGGACCCGCCCCCGGUGGCGAAGCUGUGUGCAGACGAGGGGGCUUUCGUGCAGCUGGAGCCGCCACAGGAAAACACAGCUCUGAAAGCACUACAGGAACGCUUCAUGAAGCACGUCCAGCCUGCUCCUCGGCCUAAAUGUGAGCGCACCUUGCAGCUGAAAGUUGUGCGGAAAGACAGCGCCCCCUCAGGACAGGAGGAACUGCUCUCUGAGUCGAUCACGAUCACUGUCAACGAGGGGGAGGACAAGCCUGCUAAAGUCAAACCAGGUGAGAAACUGGUGUUGUUGAAGUCUCGCUUGCAAGAAGCCAUGGCCAUUCGCAGAAAGGAGGAGAGGGAGCGCAGAGCGGCUUUGCAUCGUCUUGAUAAUGAGGAUUGUGGCGACGAGGAGGAGGAGGAGGAGAUGACUGAGUCAGAGGAUGAAGAGGGUGUUGAUGAACUGUUGGGGGGUGGUGAUGAUGAAGAGGAGGCAUUGGACAAGGAGGAAGGGGAAGAUGACGUUUCGGUGAAAACGUGCCCGUCUCCAGGCUUCAAGAGCGGCUCUCCGGCCCCUGCAGACACUGAUGGAACAUUAAUGCUGUUUGCCGGAAGCUCCUGUUCCCGGACAGGGGAUGGUGUGAGAAGAUCAGGAGCUGCUGGCAACGAAGCAUACAAUAAAAUGGGUGAGUGAAUAUGG